GUCACUUUUCUCCCUCAAAAAAUAAAAUUUUAAUUUAAUUCCUCAAAAAACCAUCCGAAAAAAUCCUCAAAAAUGGGUUGGGGCGAUCCCGAAGACAACAAAGGCACCUUCGUGUGGGGCAAAAAACUCGAGAAACAAGGAAUCAAAAACAUUUCCAAGAAAGAACUCGAACGCAUCAAUCGCCGCAAGCAACAAGAAAACAUGGAAGAGCUGGAAAAAAUCAAAAAACGCCGCCUCGAAAUCGAACGACAAAAGGCAGAACGCGAGGAAGAGGCUUACCAACAGCAACGCAUGAAAGAAGCCGCACAAUUUGACGAAUGGCAAAAACAGGAGGAAAAAUUCCAUUUGGAACAGGCAAAAUUACGAAGCAAGAUCCGGAUCAACGAUGGCCGCGCAAAACCGAUUGACUUACUCGCGCAAUACAUUUCGGACAAAAGUUUGGAAGAAUCGAUCGAAAUGCAAGUUCACGAGCCGUACACGUAUCUCAAUGGCUUGAGCAUUGACGACUUUGAGGAUUUGUUGGUCGACAUAAAAGUCUACAAUGAGCUCGAAAAACGCGUAAAUGCCGAAUAUUGGGAGGAUUUGACGAUAAUUUGCGAAGAUGAGUUAAAAAAAUUACGAAAACUGGAGCAAGAAAAGUCCGAAUAUCGGGCAAGUAGACGCGAGGGGAUCCACGAGAGCGUCGCAAAAGACGUCACGAACAUUUUCAAGGGUAAAAGUGCGGCCCAGUUGCAUGAGUUGCAAACGAAAAUCGAACACAAGAUCAACAGCAAGCUCGAUGGCGUCGAUAUCGGGUACUGGGAAAGUUUAUUGUCCCAACUUCGAGCUCAUAUGGCUCGUGCUCGCUUGAAGGACAGUCAUCAGAGGAAUUUAAAGAAAAAAUUAGAACUUUUGAAGCGCGAACAAGAAGAACAAGUCAUCAAAAAAGAAGAACCUCAACCAGGCAGCAGCAAAGAACCUCUUCCGGGACCUUCGCAAGUCCCCGACGACUCUUCGCAAGACUCCAAACCCGCAUCCGACAUCGAAAUGGAAGACGACUCGUCCCAAGAAAACCCCGAAAUGACCUUGCUCGAAGAAUGUUUCGCCAAAUACGAAAAAGGAAACUACUCCCCGCGAUACAUUUCCUUCGACGACAUCGAACCCGGCAUGCAAAUCAUCCCCCAAGACAUCGACGAGCAAAAUAUCUGCGAUUUACGCGCGAAACUCUUCGAAAAAGAAGACGCCGAGCAACUUUACAGCAAAGAAGAACUCCUCAUGCGGAAAGAAGCUCGCAAAGGAAUGGGCGACGACGAAAGUCAAUUUUCCGUCGAAUCGAGACUCGAUGAACAAGUCUACCUCUGGAGCGAUAAAUAUCGCCCGCGUAAACCGAGAUACUUUAAUCGCGUUCACACCGGCUUCGAAUGGAACAAAUACAACCAAACGCAUUACGACAUGGAUAAUCCGCCGCCCAAAAUUGUGCAAGGAUACAAAUUUAACAUUUUCUACCCGGAUUUGAUCGAUAAACAGAAGACGCCCCAAUAUUUCUUGACGCCAUGCUUCGACAAUCCAGAUUUUGCGAUAUUGAGAAUCCAUGCGGGACCGCCGUAUGAAGAUAUUGCCUUCAAAAUUGUGAAUCGGGAGUGGGAAUUUAGCUAUAAAAGGGGAUUCCGAUGUCAGUUUCAUAAUAACAUCUUUCAGUUGUGGUUUCAUUUCAAGCGUUAUCGGUACAGGAGAUAAGAUUUUAGGCAGCGUGACUUGUGUUUUGUAUUUUAUACUAUGAGAAGUUGUUUGUUUACUUUGAGACAACAAUAAAGAUAGUGACGAUUAAAGAAAUCUAUGUGUCAGAUCAUAAUUCCAUAUUUUGAUUAAUUAGUUUUUUGAAAUUUAUUUAAAG